CGGCUAUACUGAAGUUUAAGGCAACAUGUUCAUAUAAGUACUUGACACAUUUCGAUUGUUUUGCUUUUCGCUUUCGCUCUAUGCGUAUAUGUGUAUAAGCUUUACUUCGGGCUCUUCAAUAGAAGUAUUUCUCAUGUUUCCCUAGUUACCAGUACCACGUGCGCGUUAUUAUAUUCUGCUACAAGUAUGAAGAUUAAUUUGACGACGUUCAGCAUGAGCGUGCUCAUAAUGAUUAAGCCUUGUUAGUCCUCUACUAAGAUCAUGGUUAGCAUGAUGCUCUUCAACUUCACUAGAUUUUUAAGCCUUAUCAAUCCUGUCCACACGCCACAACAUGAUUUUGAUCCAUUGACAUUGAGAGGAGCUGCUCAUGUUCUAAGAGGUGCUGAAAGAUUUGAUUCCGAAGUUCUUAAAGUCCGGGCCGGGGAAAGAGGUGAUCUUGUUUCGCCCUUACUUUAAGGCCAGUCUUCUACCCUUUCGUUGUUGUAUUAACCCACCGGCAGCAGUACGUAGUUACCUAUACAGUGCUGAAGAUAGCCUGCAGUACGUAGUUAUACUCUGAGAUCGUGGAGGACACCGUCGUGCCUCCCCCAAGGAACUGCAACGUUGACGUGGCUUCCAUGAUUUUAUAUAUGUAUCUUCACUCUACACUCAUUCUACAUCAAGGCUCCGCGAGGGAGGCUUGGCUGGAUCAUCGUGGCCUAUAACAGGGCGCGGUCGCCUAGUCCUGGUGGAGCAGGGGCCUAGAUACAUCACAACCAACGUCCAACAUACAGAUACAUUCAUAUUCAUAAGGGGAUUUGAGUGAAAGAUGUAUGAGAUCGUGGGGGACACCGUCGUGCCUCCCACGAUCUCAUGCAUGGAACAAGAAGUGCACUUGCACAAAUCGUCCCGCUUGAUCUUCGCCUCCACGAGGUAAAAAUCCUUCACGAUGGUUGUCUUACCCGUACCCGCUAAAACAGUUUAGUCCUGCUGGUCGUGUCUUUGUACAGUUUACUACAGUCUCCACAUCAGUUGUAGUUGUACCUACAUGCAUGUUGACGACUUGAAUGAGACGACUUGUUGCGCCAUGAUCCUAUGCCUAUGUGAUGGUGAUCCUCUAGCAUCUGAUCCUCUAGCAUAUUGAUAUUUUCGUAUUGUUGUUCUGUCGUCCUCGAUCCUCUAUCUUUUUUUAUUUCUAUCCUGGUGUCCUGUAGUCCCAAGAUGAUCUUGUUUUAUCCUAUCCUGUCCUAUCCCAACUACAUCUACUUGCUUUAUCUUCGUCCUAUCCUCGUAGGCUAAGCGGCUAAACCCUAAACCCUUAUAACAGGUCGUACUAGGUUGCUCCCUCCACCCAGUGGUGUAUGCAAAGGUCGAUAUCUAAGACUUGUGCUGACGGUGCAAGAACUGCUGGCGAUCCUUUGGUCAAGACCGGUCGUGGCCAAUUUAAGGCUGCCCCUAAACAUAAUUCAUCUAUCUUCGGACGCAUCUUGGCGGGUAUACUUAUACAUAGAUACCUCCCGAGUGGUAUACUUAUAAGUAGAAGAUAACACUACUACUACUAGUACUAAUACUUCUUGGAGCUGCUCUGCCUGUCUUAUCAAGGAGAAAGAAGCAUCCACUUCAGGAUGCAUCUUAAAAUGAAGAUAAUCCAUCUUCGGACGCUUCUUGAUGUGAGACACGGUGUCUCAUAUAAUCAAGGAAAAUGAGAAAGAAGCACCAGCACAAUGAUGCACCUCUGUUGAAGAACAAGAUGCAUUUAUAAAUAUGGGAUCUCACUCUAACAGAAAUGCGAGACCAAAAGAAACGCAGCUUAGAUGUGAAGUGGCCAGCGAACAGGAGAGAUUCCUCAGGUUGCUCAGUAACGCACUGAAAGUAAGCGCCGACGGAGAUGGAAUCAUCAUUAUGUUGUGUAUCUUGCCAACUAAUCGAAAAUAAAACUUAAAGUAGACAAAGAAAUAUGCGAGUAACGAACACAAAUAUGGCCGAGUGUCGGAGAUUGUUAUAAUCUCUGCUACUCCGUUAUAUCAGUUCUUUAGUGAAUACAACUUGAUAAGCAGCUCUUGAGCAAACUCUUGCUAGGCAGUGCCUUAUAUAUAUGCAUGCAUAUUUAUUUAUACACACACACCCGAAGUUCAAGUUGGUGCAACUUAUGGCAUUUUUACUCAUGCCCAUCACAUCAGUAAUCGUGGUUCUACUCGAACCCGAUUCGCCCCACCCGGUGCGGCCUGGCCGCGGUGUGGUGGACCCUCAACCUUAGCCUUAACCCAAUGCUCGCUAAUGAUUCGCCAGGCAUGUCGGAUCACACUAGUUGGAGUGAAGAGUCGCCGAAAGCAAGUAUGGAUAAGGUUUUUUUUCUCCCAUCUUAUUUAACAGAUGACCAUGGUCCUCGUCGAGGCUGAUCGAUGCCCCUUUUGGGUCCCUUGAUGAAAGAACUGUAUAAGUACUUAGUUUAGAAGUAGUUAAGGGGGGCCUCGAACUUGAUGGUAUGCAUCUAGAGGGGAGAAAAAGCGCCAUUCAUAGCAAGCGCGAGCGGUACUAUUGCGGGGGGAAGUUACAGUCAGUGGUCGUCAGCAGGAAUGACAGUGUAUGAUGCCGCGCACCACUCAUUGAGAACGAAGAUAUGGGAAUGUCGUUCCAUCUAAGAAAGAAAGGCCCAAAGAGGGGGAACGACAUUCCCCUACGUAUGGACAUUCUCAAUGAGUGGAAGCAUUCAGAAGAUAGGAUUAGGACGCAGCGGAUCGGAGGUUGAUCUGGGAUCUUCUGUCAAUAUUAAGGGGAAACUCAUGAAUGCAUGA